CUCGACUUCGUCCUUUCUUCUUCGCAACCAUGUCCUCCGCCGCUUCUGCUGGCCCCGCAACCAUAGGAAGUUAUUUUGCGAACACAGAGAACAAAGGUGUCAAACGCAAGCGGAAUGUCGUCGUUGUUGACAAAUAUGAGUUGGAUAUCGACUCCGUGGACCCCAACAGUCCUAUUGCCCCAGCUGUCGUGGCGGCGAUGAAGCAAAGGAUUAUUGAGCUGGAGGAACAGUUGGCUUCGCGACCACCACCGGCUAAACGUGCACGAAAGGUAAAUGACUCUGCCGUUAUUGCAGAGGCUUCAUCCUCUGCAAAUGCCUCCGUGGCACCGAGCACCACGAAGGCGGAGGAUAAGAAACGCAAACUGCAGUUGAAGAAGAUCUUCGAUCGCCUGAAGAAGGAGUGUAAAAGCGAGUCUGUGAAAUUCCAAGGCACAAGCAAGACCAUCAAGUUCGACGAGGUGCUCGAAUAUGACGAGUUUCAGACGAUCUUUGGCGGCAAGGGUACGUUAAUCCAGCCGACACCGGAGAACAAGCCCAAGAGCACCGUGACUAUCAUCGAAUUUCGCACCACGGCGGCGAUCGAGGACUUACUCGGAGACGAACUGAAAGCUUUGAAGGGUAAUGCAUGGACGCGGGGAGGUGGCCCGUACUUCUCGAAGUCUAUCAAACAGGGCUCCGUGGACGUCGACAUCAUCCACCUGGAUGUUACAUACUCGAAGAAUGGCAUGAAGUGCUCCCUCAAGUUUGAGGUCGAAGAGCGCGGUGGCGGCAACCACUCCUUCGGACCUUCGCAUCGGGCCUCCGUCGGCGGCUUGGGUCGCUCGUUCUUGUGGUAGGGUGCUUAAGCACUUAUAUCUCGACGCUCCAUGGGGAGGUUGCAUGCAUAAUCUCGCGUUGCGCUGAUUCCUCUUCGCAUGUCUUAUCGGCAGCGCACUUGCAAUUAAGCUUAUAUCAAUUCUUGUAG